AUGAUUACAAAUAGUUUAAAUUUAACAUCUGUUCUAACUAACAAUUAUACACGAAAUAAACUAACAAAUCAAAAUUCUAAUUCAUUAAAAAAAUUAAUAUCUAAACCGAAACCAAAAUUAAUUUCAAAUGCUACAACUGUUACACAAUUAUUAAAUUCUUUAUUAAAAAAUUAUAAUAAACAUUUACAUCCAAAAUAUGGAAGUUUUAAAAAAACAAGAAUACAUAUUGAUAUAUUUGUUAGGACUAUGGGACCAAUUUCUGAGAUGACAGAUAAUUAUGAAUUUAAUUGUUACUUUAGACAAACAUGGAAAGAUAAAAGAUUAAAAUUUUCAAAUUUACAAUAUAAAACAUUAUCCCUGGCUAGUUCAAUGUUAGAUAAAAUAUGGAUACCAAAAACUGUAUUUUGGAAUGGACAAAAUUCAUAUUUACAUACAAUGACAACACCAAAUAGAUUGGUAAGACUAUCAUCUGAUGGUUCAAUAUUAUAUUCAUCUAGACUUACAAUUAAAGCAAAAUGUUAUAUGAGUUUAUAUAGAUUUCCACUAGAUCGACAAGUAUGUAAAUUAAUAAUUGGAAGUUAUGCUUAUAAUACCUCUGAAAUGAUAUAUAAAUGGAAAAAAAAUGAUGAAACAAGAGGUGUUGAGUUUGAUGUAGUUGCAUUAAAAGAACUUCCACAAUUUGAAUUAACAGGUUUUAAAUUAUUUAAUAAUUCAAUAACAAAAGAUAACUCAAAUUUUUCAAUCCUAGAAGUACAAUUUUUUUUUACCCGACAUUUUGGUUAUUAUAUAAUUAAUUAUUAUAUACCAUGUUCAUUAAUUGUUCUCCUAUUAUGGGUUGCUUUAUGGAUAAAUCGUGAGGCAACCGGUGAUAGAAUUGCCCUUGGUGCUACAAGUUUUUUAACAAUGACACUUAUAUCAUUAGAUUAUAAAAGUGAUUCACCAAGAGUUAGUUUCCCAACAGGAUUAGAUAUUUUUAUAACAUUAUGUUAUGGAGCAAUAUUUGGUUGUAUAAUUGAAUUUACAGCUGUCCAUAUAACAACAAAAUUUCAUACAGCUGAUCCAGAAAUUCAAAGAUCUGAAAAAGAAAAGAUAAAAAAUUUAAUUAAAAAUAUACCAAAACAUCAUUUUUUAGGUAGUAGACAUUAUAAUAGACCAUAUCAAAAAAAAUUUAAACCAAUCAAAAUGAAUACAUAUAAAAAAGUUAAUAAUGAUAAUCAUAUCCUUGAAUGUAUAUCAGAGGGACUUGAGGAAGGAAGGAAAAUUGAGAAUAAUGAUAUAAAAUCUGGUAAAAUUUUUAAAUCAUUCUCCAGAACAGAUGGUGGAAGAUUUUCAAUUUAUAAUAAAAAUAAAGAAAAUGAAAAAUUAUUGAAGGCUAAAAGAAAGACAACUGAAAUUAUAUCAAAUGAACAUAAUUUUAUUCAAUCAAUUGAACAUUUUAAAAGUGAUUCAAUUGGAUGGAGAAUUUAUUUUUGGCUUCUUGAUCAUCAAAAACUUGGUGAUCCAUUGGGAAUUCAUGAAAACUCUUCAUCAAUGAUUGAUACAAUAGCAAGAGUAUUAUUUCCUAUUUUGUUUAUAUUAUCUAUUAUGACAUACUAUCAAUGUUAUGUAAACUUUCCAUAUCAUUUUGAUUAUGAAAAUGCAAUGACAUUAGUACAAAGCUAG